AUGACGAUGCAAGUGUGUUCAAACAUUUCGCGGACUGAUGUUUCCCAAUCGAAUACAGACAAUUGCCGGGAGCUCAUUUUCAAACAUUUUCCAUCGGAGCUGACGGAUAAAGAAUGCUGCGAUUUUCUCAGUGGUCUCGGUGCCAUAUCCACACGCGUACCUAGUCUUUCUGAUUCCCGACAGAAAUACAUAGUUGCCGAAUUUCCCUCUGUCGAAUACGCCUGGAAUAUUAUCAGAUCUUUGCACCAAAGACCUAUCGUUGAUAAAAGACUGAGUGUGGAAUUUUAUCAAAGUCGUAACGAUGAGUGGCAAAAGGUUUUCACCAAAUCAGACUCAACGGGACAAGUUGGUGUCACUGGUCAUCAACCGUACUCCGGAAAGACUGUCAUGGCUCCAAAAUGGGAUCCCUCAUUUCCAGUGCCACCGAACUUAACUUAUAUUUAUCCUUCUCCGACCAAUUCUAUUCUUACCAAUAUCUGUCGAUGCAUGAUUUCCUGUCCGUCGUUUUACACUCAGGUACUGCAUCUGAUGAAUCGUUUGCAUUUACCACCUCCGUUCUGUGACACGGAUACUUUUCCGGGUAAUCUGCUGGUCGUCACUGAAUCCGAUUUAACAUCCCAACUAAAGACUUCUGACCAGAAAAUCACGGAGCCGAUUGAAACGGGCAACAAACAAGACAAUCACGAUAGUUUGAUGAGAUCCCCGGUCGGAGAUGAACAGGAAGAAAUGGAUCUUUCAACCAGUACCGAAUCGGAAAUCGAUUCUGAUGAUGCUCAGGCUACACAUUCACCCAAAUUGAGGAUGCCCAAACCUGUCCGUCGCGCUCAUGCGAGACUGCGUCCUAGCGGUUCUGGCAGUCACAAGCGCAUUCGACAGACUGAUACGGAUUCACGUGGAUCCAACCAUCUGUCCGUCCCCACGACCGAGUCACGCCUUACACCUGCGGUGUCUGAUGUGUUUGAGCCUGUCUCACAGACAUCCAAGUUGGAAUUGCAUAUUCCUUCAAAACUGCCCAGUAAACAGCGAUCCACUGCACGGCACACGGGUAAUGUAGAGAGUGGUUUUGGCAUCAUGCCCGUUCAUCGAAAGCCCACGGCCACGACCUCGGAAACCGCGGAUGUGACGAAAGUGGAACAAACAGUCGUGCAUCAUUUGUGUGAUAUCGAAUUCCAGUUGAGAAAAGACCAUCCAGAAAACAUUCCGCAACCUGAAAAAGUCGCAGGGUCUGCAUCAUCUUCUGAAACGGAAGACAACAUAUUGGAGUCCGAAGGAGAUUCCGUAGUUUCGCUGUCCAUGAACGACCUUCGCCUCGGUCGUCUCACAGAGGAGGAAAGGCAAAACUAUCCGGUCUUUGCGAAAGGAUAUCAACCUGGCGAGCCAACCUCACGUUUGUAUAUAAAGAAUCUUGCUCCACGGACUACCCCAGAGGAUUUGUACAGAGUUUUUGGGGCGUUUCAGUUCGGUCCGGUACGCGAUUUGAAUGCACGACCACCCGUUCGUUUCACGGACACUGCUCGAUUUUCCAUUCGCCUUUUGACCGAAGGUCGAAUGAAAGGUCAAGCCUUUGUCAGCCUCCCAUGUGAGCUAACCGCUCUUCAAGCACUCGAAGCAACCAACGGGUUCCUGCUUCACGAGCGACCCAUGGUGGUUCACUUUGCACGUGGAGCCAAAGCCAAAGUCGACGAGAAAAGCCUGAUAGAGGUCACCUAA